CGCCUCUCCCCGACCGAAGCGGUGCUGCCGUGGCCGGUGCUGCGCCAGGCGUGUCAGCCGGGCCAGGCCCGCUCUGUCUCCGGCGUAGGCCUUACCCGUCGGAAGGGGCUCGGGGCGUGCUCCGAGGCGGGGCGCACGGCGGCGCUGCCGCUCCGCCCGGCAGCCGUUCUCGUAGAGCCGGGCACCACGCGUGCUCCGGCCGCGCCGUGGUGCGCCGGUAUCGUCCCGGUGGGCAAGUGGCGGAGCCGUCAGUGGCUGUUUCCGCGUCGCUGGGUCCUUUCUUUCCCUGGCCUGCCUACACCAGGCGGUGGCGGUCGCUCUGUGCCGGCGCCACUCCGUGCCCCGCGGCAAGAAGAGGUGUGGCUUUCCGCCGGGCCCGUGUCUGGGGGGUUGAAGCUAACGGCGCGGUGCGCCGCGGCCACCGGGGGGAUUCUCGCAGCGCCCAACCUUCUGCCCUGUGCCUGUACUCGAGCUGCCGACGCCAAGUUGGAGAGAAGGAGCUUUUUUUCUCAGCGUCAGGUCAAUAAUACCACAUGCCACUAACAGGACCAGAGAAGUCAGUAACCCUGAAGAGCCCCCUUCCUCCUACAUCCCAGAUUCCAGGUCUUGGUGACCUUGCAAGAGCUCCCCAUGAAGUGCCAUCCAGGUGCUGCAGGAAGUGGAUCAAAGAGACAGAUUCAACUUAUGUCAGGCUGGCAAAGCAAGGAGGCCAACCUGACCUACUGAAGCACUACACUGCUGUGACAAGUAAGUCCUCUCCAGCAACGUAUGCUGCACCUGACUGGUACUUGCACUGCUCCAAUCCCCCAGCGACCAAUAAGCCACGGAGCUAUGUUUCCUCUCUACCAGAUUAUAUAAUUCACAGAGAGCUUAAGGCUGAUGAACAUUGUGGUAAUCGUUACGAGAUAAGAAGAGGUCCUUUUGAUUUUGAUACGAAAAGUGUUUGGCAGCGGGAUGCUGAGGACAAAGAAAAGGCAGAGAAAAAGAAGGUAAAGCUCCCAGCUAUAAACCCUAAAUAUCCAAGCAGAAUGCCAAACGUUUCUACGAACAAGGAAUUUAGUGGAAAAAAUAAGCUUUCCUUCCCACCUAUGCCUGCUCAGAGAAAAAGUGAAGCAGUAAACUUUAGCAAAUUAAUUAGCAAUGGUUAUGGGACUGACUGGCUUCAGCAGUGUACUGGAAGGGAUAGAAAGAUUCAAGAAACGUCAGAAAAUAGUGAUCAGUCCAAAGAUUCAGAGCCAUCAGAGUCUGAAUUGGCAGCUACAAGCAACGAGUCAAAGCCACUGCUGAGUUAGGAUAUAUCCUUAAAAUCCUACGAAUAAUUGAAUAUUUAUUAUAAAGCCCAUUAGAAAGUGGAUGCAAUUUCAUUAUGAUAUUUUUUGCUAAUACUAUGAAAAGUGAAGUUUUUUAAUAAGUAAAUGGCAAUUUUUAGUCUUCUUUACAAAGUGCACUGAGUACAUUGUAUACCUUUGAAUCCAAGAGCUGAAGAUUUUAAAAUGUAUAACUGAAUAUACAUUUAUUUGAGCAGAAUGUUUAGAGGAUUUGCCUUAACAUUGCUUUUCUUUAGAAACUUGAUAUGAAAAUUGAUUGGAAAUAGGUAAAUCUGUUGCUAAACCCUCAAAAUUUUCAGUGAAAGUUUGUGAAAGUUUUGCUGCUGUUGUUAGACCCAGCAUCUGAGUCCACCUUUGUUCAUUGUAACCAACAAUUCAACUAAGUUGUAUUUACAAAAAUAAAAGUCUAAAACAUA